ACGUGUGCGCCCCGGAAGCGGAAGCGAGAACCUGUUUCCGGGCGGCUGAUUCGAGGACUUGUUUUGUACCAAGCGGCGCCCCUGGAGAACUGUAGCGGGGCAGGCCAUGCCUUCCGAGGGUCGCUGCUGGGAGACCCUGCAGGCGCUGCGCAGGUCUGACAAAGGUCACCUUUGCUACCACCGCGAUUGGCUGCUGCGGGGCGAGGAUGUUUUAGAAGAAUGUAUGUCUCUUCCCAAGCUGUCUUCUUACUCUGGAUGGGUAGUAGAUCAUGUCCUACCCCAUAUGCAAGAGAACCCACCUCCCUCUGAGACUUCAACAUCCCCUAGAUCUACUUCAGCCCUCGACCAACCUUCAUUUGUUCCCAGAUCUCCUGUCAGAGACCCUGCCUUCUCACCAGCCUCCUCAGCAACACCAAAUGGAACCAAGGACAAACAUGAGUCUCAGCAUACAGAACCUAUGGUACUUCAGUCCUCCCGGGGGAUCAAAGUGGAAGGCUGCAUCCGAAUGUAUGAGCUGCUGCACAGAAUGAAAGGAGCAGAGGGCUUGAGGCAGUGGCAGGAGGAGCAGGAGAGGAAGGUGCGGGCCCUCUCUGAGAUGGCAUCUGAACAGCUGAAGCGGUUCGAUGAACGGAAGGAACUGAAGCAUCAUAAAGAAUUCCAGGACUUACGGGAAGUGAUGGAGAAGAGCUCCAGAGAAGCCCUGGGGCAGCAAGAGAAGCUGAAAGCUGAACAUCACCACAGGGCGAAGAUUCUCAACCUGAAGCUGCGGGAGGCGCAGCAGCAGCGCCUGAAGCAAGCGGAGCAGGAGCGGCUCCGGAAGGAAGAAGGCCAGGUCCGCCUGCGGAACCUCUACGCCCUGCAGGAGGAGGUGCUGCACCUCAGCCAGCAGCUGGACUCCUCCGACCAGCACAGAGACCUGCCGAAGGUCGACCUGUCUGCCUUCCGGACCCGCGGCAACCAGCUGUGCGGCCUCAUCUCAGGGAUCAUCCGGGCCACUUCUGAGAACGGCUUUCCCACAGCAGAGGAGCAAGCUGUGGCUGAGAGAGCGCUGCAGGAAAUGCGGGACCUCCUUGUGGACUUGCAGCAGGAAAUCGCCAGGGCCUGUGAGGACAGGAGGAGGCAGGAUGAAGAGGCCCGCGUAAAGCGGCAGGAGUCACAGGUGCGGCAGGGGCCAGAGGUCCGCAAAGAGCCCCCAGCUUCCAGGCAGGGCCCAGGAGAGAAACUGAAUGAAGACCUCCAGGUGAAGGUGCAAGAUAGUACAAUGCAGUGGUACCAGCAGCUGCAGGAGGCCUCCCGUCAGUGUGUGUUGGCCUUUGAGGGACUGAGCAACAGCAAAGACAGUCAGGCCAAAAAGAUCAAGAUGGACCUCCAGAAGGCUGCCACCAUUCCAGUGAGCCAAAUCUCCACCAUUGCAGGCUCAAAGCUGAAGGAGAUCUUUGACAAAAUCCACAGCUUACUCUCUGGAAAACCCGUUCAGUCUGGUGGGCGCUCUGUGUCCGUCACACUUAACCCACAGGGCCUGGACUUUGUCCAGUACAAACUGGCAGAGAAAUUUGUGAAACAAGGGGAGGAGGAAGUGGCCUCCCAUCAUGAAGCAGCAUUCCCCAUCGCAGUCGUGGCAUCCGGGAUCUGGGAGCUCCACCCCAGAGUGGGGGACCUCAUCCUUGCUCAUCUGCACAAGAAGUGUCCUUACUCUGUUCCUUUCUAUCCAGCUUUCAAAGAGGGAAUGGCUUUGGAAGAUUAUCAGAGGAUGCUUGGCUACCAAGUGACGGAUUCCAGAGUAGAACAGCAAGACAACUUUCUAAAACGCAUGUCUGGGAUGAUCCGUCUCUACGCUGCCAUCAUCCAGCUCCGGUGGCCGUAUGGAAACCGACAAGAGAUUCACCCUCAUGGCUUAAAUCAUGGCUGGCGCUGGUUGGCACAGAUCUUAAACAUGGAGCCCCUGUCAGAUGUGACAGCCACCCUCCUCUUUGAUUUCCUGGAGGUGUGUGGGAAUGCCCUCAUGAAGCAGUACCAGCUCCAGUUCUGGAAGAUGAUACUUCUCAUCAAAGAGGACUACUUCCCCAGGAUUGAAGCCAUCACCAGCUCAGGACAGAUGGGUUCCUUCAUACGCCUCAAGCAGUUCUUGGAGAAAUGUUUGCAGCGCAAGGAGAUUCCUCUCCCCAAGGGCUUUCUGACUUCCUCCUUCUGGCGUUCCUGAUGUUACUCCAUCGCCCACCAUCACCAUUUUGUUGCAAAGGGACAAUAAUAAAGCAACUGAAGACAGCUGUAUUUGGGAGAAGUCAUGUCAAUAUGUGUUUUGUGUAUUUGUAUCUUGUGACUAGGAGAGCAGAUUUUCAUGGGUCACAAAUCUAAGAGGUCCUUUAGUAGAUAUGAUGACUCCUUAAAGGGGUCCGCAUGACAGAGUAAGCAGAAUUGACCUUUCUCAUUUCUGCAAAAAAUUUGAAAACAAAAUUAGGAGAAGAGUUUAGCACUUGA